CAGGGGAUAACCAAUAAAAAGGCUUUCUUUUCAGUCACAGGUCCCACAAGUUCCUCCUGACUACAACUGCCAACAUGGGGAAGAUCAGUUUCUACGAGGCUAGAAACUUCCAAGGCCUUUCCUACGAGUGUACAAAUGACAACCCAGAUCUGCAGCCUCAUUUCAAUGCCUGUAACUCUAUCAGAGUAGAAAAUGGCUGCUGGAUGAUAUAUGAGCGCCCCAAUUACAUGGGACAUCAGUACUUCCUUAAAAGAGGGGAGUACCCUGACUUCCUGCAGUGGCAGGGACUUAAUGAUUCCAUCAGGUCAUGCCGAUUGAUCUCAGAAAACCUGAGUUCUGAUGGACAUAAAAUAAAGGUUUAUGAAAUGGAUGACAGCAAAGGAGAAAUGAUGGAGUUUAUAGAAGAUUGUCCUAAUGUUUAUGAUCGCUUCUGCUCUCAUGACAUCUAUUCUUGCACUGUGCUUGAUGGCCACUGGAUCUUCUAUGAGCUUCCCAACUACAGAGGAAAGCAGUAUCUCCUAAGACCUGGACAAUAUAAGAGAUUUACUGAUUGGGGCUCCAUGACCGCAAAGGUCGGCUCUUUCCGUCGUGUUAUGGAAAUGUUUUAAGAGAUUUUAAAUGUGUUUAUAUGAAUAAAAAUAAAAGUAAACUUACAAGA